GCAGUGGCUCUAACCCUUUCCAGCAUUUGGAGAAGAGUGCUGUGCUUCAGGAGGCACGUAUCUUUAAUGAGACCCCUAUAAAUCCACGAAGAUGCCUGCACAUCCUUACCAAAAUCCUUUACUUGCUGAACCAGGGUGAACACUUUGGAACCACUGAAGCCACAGAAGCUUUUUUUGCAAUGACCAGAUUAUUUCAAUCCAAUGAUCAAACCCUUAGAAGAAUGUGUUACUUUACCAUCAAAGAGAUGGCCAAUAUUUCUGAGGACGUCAUCAUUGUCACAAGCAGUUUGACCAAAGACAUGACAGGGAAGGAAGAUGUGUACCGAGGCCCAGCCAUCAGAGCACUCUGCAGGAUCACUGAUGGUACGAUGCUACAAGCCAUUGAGAGAUAUAUGAAACAAGCCAUUGUGGACAAAGUCCCCAGUGUCUCUAGUUCUGCACUGGUGUCUUCCUUACAUAUGACGAAGAUCAGUUACGAUGUCGUCAAGCGGUGGAUCAACGAAGCUCAAGAGGCAGCUUCUAGUGACAACAUCAUGGUGCAGUAUCAUGCUCUGGGGUUGCUCUAUCACCUUCGCAAAAAUGAUCGUCUUGCAGUUUCCAAGAUGCUGAAUAAGUUCACUAAGUCUGGCCUGAAAUCCCAGUUUGCUUACUGCAUGCUGAUCCGAAUUGCGAGCAGGCUCCUGAAGGAAUCCGAAGAGGGCCAUGAGAGUCCACUGUUUGACUUCAUUGAGAGCUGCCUGAGGAACAAGCAUGAAAUGGUUAUUUAUGAAGCUGCCUCUGCAAUCAUCCAUCUCCCAAACUGCACGGCCAGGGAGCUGGCACCCGCUGUUUCAGUGCUGCAACUCUUCUGUAGCUCUCCCAAACCUGUCUUGAGAUACGCAGCCGUGCGGACCCUGAAUAAAGUGGCCAUGAAGCAUCCAUCUGCAGUCACUGCCUGCAACCUGGACCUGGAAAACCUCAUCACUGACUCCAACCGCAGCAUCGCUACUCUCGCCAUCACCACGCUGCUGAAGACAGGCAGUGAGAGCAGUGUAGACAGGCUCAUGAAACAGAUCUCUUCCUUCGUGUCAGAGAUAUCAGAUGAGUUUAAGGUGGUGGUGGUACAGGCUAUCAGUGCUCUGUGCCAGAAAUACCCUCGGAAGCACAGUGUCAUGAUGACCUUCCUCUCCAAUAUGCUCAGGGAUGAUGGUGGCUUUGAGUACAAGCGAGCCAUUGUGGACUGUAUAAUCAGCAUCAUUGAGGAGAAUCCUGAGAGUAAGGAGGCAGGCUUGGCUCACCUCUGCGAGUUCAUCGAGGACUGUGAACACACUGUCCUGGCCACAAAGAUCCUGCAUCUCCUGGGCAAAGAGGGGCCAAGGACUCCAUCCCCUUCCAAGUACAUCCGCUUCAUAUUCAACAGGGUGGUGCUGGAGAAUGAGGCUGUGAGAGCUGCUGCUGUCAGUGCACUGGCAAAGUUUGGUGCCCAGAACGAGAAUCUGCUUCCCAGCAUCUUGGUGCUUUUGCAGAGGUGCAUGAUGGACAGUGACGAUGAAGUUCGGGACAGAGCAACGUUCUACUUGAAUGUCCUACAGCAGAGGCAGAUAGCACUGAACGCUGCCUAUAUCUUUAAUGGAUUGACUGUUUCUGUUCCUGGGAUGGAGAAAGCCCUGCACCAAUAUACACUGGAGCCUUCUGAGAAACCUUUUGAUAUGAAAACAGUUCCACUGGCUACUGCACCAAUCUUUGAGCAGAAAGCAGAGAUUGCCCUCGUCACCAGCAAGCCUGAGAAAGUUGCUCCUUCACGGCAGGAUAUAUUCCAAGAACAACUGGCAGCUAUUCCAGAGUUCAAGAGCUUGGGCCCGUUGUUCAAGUCUUCGGACCCAGUGCAGCUCACAGAAGCAGAAACAGAGUAUUUUGUUCGUUGUAUUAAACACGUGUUCACAAAUCACAUUGUUUUCCAG